AUGGCGAAUUGCAGCAUCGAGAAGACGCAGCAUGGGCUGGCGCAAGGUGACGCAACGCAGGCCAGCAUGAGGCGUGGUGUAGGCGGUGCAGUGCGAGGGUGUAGGUGGCCUCGGUUGCAAAGCCGGCCUACUCGCCUCCCAUCCCCUUUGGUUUGGGGGAUUUCCUGUGCGGCAUCAUGGAGCACUCCGAUGGUCGAAUCCUCAUGGAGGACGACUCCCAGUGGGAGCAUGGCUCAUCCUAGCGGCUUGAAGGCAAAGCAAAGGGAGAGGGGCAAAAUUGUCAUUUUGAGAAAAAAUAGUAGUAUCCGGAGGCGGCCCCGGCCCCGGCCGGCGGUGACCGAGAGGCGGCUUUGCCUGGAGGACGGCCGCGGGCGCGUCUCGCCGAUCCGGGAAGUCGACGCGGAGACCGAGCCGUCGCGGCCGAGCUGCUCGGAUUCCGACAGGGCAAGCGACGCCUGCAUCCUGGCCGUCGAAGUCGAAGAAAAAGAAAGCAGCGGCGGCGUCCUCGACGAAUCAAGCAACCCGAAGGCAAAGGCAAAGAAGAAGUCCUGGAAGAAGCUGCUCGCGGCCAGCGCCAAGAAGCUGCACAGAGGACGGAGGAGUAAGGAGGCUGGUUCGUCAGGUUCCUCUUUCCGCAGCGAGGGCGACCGAGCGGACGAUGCCACGGCGCGCGGCGGUGGCAAUGCCAAGACGGCGGAUUCCUCGGGCUCCCGCCGUGUCUCCGCCGGUCAAACCGGUGUCGCCGCGGAGGACGACGCCGCUGCCAAAGAGGCGGAUUCUUCGAGGGGUUCUCGCCGCAGCCAAGGCGUAGAAGCAGAUGCUGCCGCGCCCGUAGAAAUCGAUGCGUCGGUGGACGACCUCAUCGAGGAGGAGGAAGAGGAAGAGGAGCAAGCAGGGAUCCGGUUCCCUGCUCUAGUUCUUGUCGCCAUCGUCCUCAUCGGCCUGGUCGACGGGAAGCUCCUGGCCCUGGAGAUCACGGUGCUCUGCGCCGCGUUCCUUAGCUCGGUUCAGAGAUCGCCUUGCGGCGGCGGUGGCGGUUACUCGCAGGGGAGGCGGUUGGAGCUUUCCAUGUCCUAG